ACGUGACACCGCCCGGCUGAGUGACAGCUCCCCGGAUAAUAGGAGAGGACUAGAGAGAGAGAGAGGAGUGAAGAUUGGGAGUAGUGAACAGGGUGCGGGACUCGGGAGCGGAGGCUGGUGUUCUGCCAGCAGCAAUGGUACGCUGGCUGCUGCUGCUGCUGCUGCAUCCCUGACUGAGUGACAGUCCGGCGCUGGGGGCUCCUCCUCCGGGCUUUUGCCAUUGUUUCUUCCUUUCUGGGACUUUUUUUUCCUGUUUUUGGCCAGUGCCCCGGGCGGGGAGGGAUCGUUUCCCCGCAGAUGCUGCAAAGUUUCUUGUGCAGAGAUCCGGACCGGCCCGUCCAGUUAGGCGGCACCCGCAACUCUUUCUCCCGUAUGUCCAGCAUAGGCUACUAGAUGUGGGAAGAUGUUGACGACAGAGCGAGGUGCUGUAGAGGAAUGGUUAUCAGAGUUUAAGACCCUGCCUGAGGCGUCUGUUACAUGUUAUGCAACAAGUUUGAAGGAGAAGAUUUCUUUGGUAUCUGCACUGUAUGAAGUGAUCCAAAAUCCGCAGAGUGAGUUGCUUGAGCCAGUCUGCCACCAGCUCUUUGAGUUUUACCGCAGCAAAGAGAAGAACUUGAAGACAUUCACACUUCAGUUCCUACCAGAGCUAAUAUGGUGUUACCUGUCUCUGUCCACCAGCAGGGACCUACAAAGCAAUGGAUGCAUCGAAGCGCUUCUGCUGAGUAUCUACAAUUUGGAAAUUAUGGAUGAAGAAGGGCACAACAGAGUUUUGUCAUUUACAAUCCCAUCCUUAUCGAAGCCAUCUGUAUACCAUGAGCCUUCUAGUAUAGGGUCAAUGGCGCUUACUGAUGGAGCUCUGUCGCAGCAUGGCCUCUCCAGGGUCGUGUACAGCGGUCCUCAUCCACAGAGAGAGAUGUUAACCGCCCAAAACAGGUUUGAAGUGUUAGCAUUUCUCGUACUGUGCUAUAAUUCUGCCUUAAACUGCAUGCCAGCCCUCUCCCUGCGAUCCCUAUGUCAGAUGUCUUCCAGGCUUUGUGUCUGUGGAUAUCCUCGCCAGCAUGCAAGAAAAUACACUGGUGUCAGGAACAGGAUACAGGUCCCCUCUGAGUUCAUGGUGCAGCUUCUAACGGGCAUUUACUACUCAUUUUACAAUGGCGAAUGGGAUGCAGCCCGUAGAGCGUUGGAUGAUGUUCUGUACAGGGCACAGCUGGAGCUAUUCCCAGAGCCACUACUGGUUGCAAAUGCAAUAAAAGCAUCAUUGCCCCAAGGAGUCGUUAAGGGAAUUAAAAAAGGAACUAAAUGUAUAGAAGUUGAAAUUGCCCCAACCUCAUCAAGGAUAUCUAGAAAUGCUGUAACCAGUAUGUCUAUACGAGGCCACCGGUGGAAGCGGAACGACUCUGCAGAUUUGACCUUUCAGGAUGAACUGACUGAAAUCGCUGAGGUGGAUGAAGGUUUUUGUUCAAGGGCAGCCUCUAACUCUAGCCAGUCUGCCCUAUCUAACAGCAGCAGCGGUAGUUUCAGCAGACAACCCUUAGGAAAGACUCAGAGGAGAUCUGCAGGAGUCAGGGCUGGGGGUAAAGAAAAGGAUUCUGGGGGAGAUUCUUGCCGUGAGCAUCUCAGCAGGAAGCAGAACCAGAGGGCCAUGAGUGAGAACCUGGAGUUGGUGUCUCUGAAGAGGCUUACGCUGACAACCAGUCAGUCUCUUCCCAAGCCCGGCAGCCAUAGUCUUGCACGGACUGCAACAGCCGUAUUCAGCAAGUCCUUUGAACAGAUGAGUGGUGCAACUGCUUCACACUGUGUCCCUGGUGUAAACACCUGUGGUACCGGACCAAGUGUGGGAACGAAUAGAUUUAGUGCGUGCAGCCUACAGGAGGAGAAAUUGGUCUACAUUUCUGAGAGAACGGAGCUUGUGUUGCCUACUAAACCCCAACCAAACGUCCACCAGAGGUCCCCUAGUAUAUGCAUCACCUUGUCUACGGACUAGGCCUUGCCGUUGCAUGUCUGGAAGCAGCAACACGUGGUCAGAUGUAAAUUUUGCUAAAUUUUUCUAAGCUUGAUGGGUGAACUUUGACAUUUCUAUGAUUUGUAUGCUGUAGUUUACCAAAGUUUUUACUUGCUACUUAAUUAAAGCAAAUGAAACAAUUUGUAUACAUUUGAUGGGUGACCCACCAUAUCUUUGAAAUGUUGUUGAACACCUCAAAACUGUGGGGUUCGGAGAUGGGCUUAUAGUUUUAUUACACUCCUAGUAUAAAGUAUAUUUGAAACCAGUUGCCUGUUCAGUUAAAAAGUGUUCAUGUGGUGUUUUUUGGUGUUUUUAUUUUUCUUUUGUUACUAAAUCUCUCCUUAGUACUAAAGUGUACCCAUCACCCUUCCACUGUUCAAGGGGCAAUUGUGUGGGUUGAAUGGAUACUCAAGAGAAUGCUGCCUGUUCACUAGGAAGCAUUGACAUUACGAGGCACUGGUUGCUGCAGGCUGUUUGCUGAUAGUGUGUGGAUGAACGUGGCACUUUACAUUUUAUUGUACUGUCAUUGCCUGCACUAAAUUACUUACUGCAGUGUUCCUGAACACACCAGCAGAUGGCAGUGCAGUGUGCUGUAAGUGGUUUCAGUGCUCCUGCUGGUUUGUUGUGGGAAAAUACAAACGUAUUUCUGUAAUCUCUGUAUCUGAUUUGUAAUUGUGAUUCAGAAAGAGAAGAUAUAUUUGAUUCUUUUACAUUUUGGGGUUUUUAGUUCAAACCGUGUGAGUAUGUAUGGGUGUAUGUGUGUGUGUACAUGUAUGUGUAUAUAUGUAUUUUUUUUUUCUUGGAAAAUCUUGAAAAUUUUAGUUAAACAUUUUUUUAUUGCUAAUACAAAAAACUACAUAUAAGCCAUGAUUAUUUGGUCCAUGCAAUCUGGUGUAUGGGCAUGAACUGAGAAGGAAAGGGACAUGGUUAAUUGUGACUGCAGUAUGUCUGUAACUAUUGUCACACAGCAGUGCUGUCACCAUGGGUAUUCUCUACUUACAGCAGCUACUACUAGGUUCUUGGUUCAGAGGCAGAACUCUGGGAGGCAACGGAGUCAUCUGCCGCAGGGCUCCUGCUCUGAAGGGGGGCACCUCUCCUCCCAUUCUGUGACACCAUUGAAGUAAGUUAAUUGAUAGCUGCCGCUGUCUUUUCAGUGGUUGACUUCCUCACUGGACCCUGCACCUUACAAAUCACACCCUCUUUAUUAUACUGAAUAUACACAUUUUAGAAGUGUCACACCCAGGAUUAGGACCCAUACCCUAUUACAGUGGAAGCAGACACUUUACUAAUGAA